AUGCAACAAAUUCCAUUGCAUUUUUAUCAUGGUCCAUCAUACCAUCCUCAACCCCAACAGCGACAACGGCCACAACAACGCUGUCAGCAGACAAUGAACGAAUAUAAUGAUACAAAUUAUCCAUUAUACAAAUUGUACGAUUUUGAUCGAAACAAUGAGAGUGAUAUAAUACGACUUGUAUUUACUUUUGUCGGUGUUUCAUUCAGCGAGAAACGUCUGAAACAAAAAUCAUGGGAUAAAGUUAAAGAUCGAAUACCUAUACAACAAUUACCUAUUUUACGUGUUAAUAGUGAAUUUAAAGUCUAUGAUCGCAAUGCAAUAAUUCGUUUUUUAGCAAGAGAAUUUAAUUUAUAUGGCACAGGAAAUUGUGAACAUACGAUUGUUGAUAUUGUUCUUGAAUUAACACGUCGAUUUCAAGAAAAAUUAUUUGAACAAAUGAACAAUCCUACGACCAUUGAACAACAGAAAACAAAUUUAACACAAUUUCUUGCUGAUCAUGUAGCAGAUUUUUUAAAUCAAUUGGAAAAUAUCGAUCAAAUACUACAUUAUCCUCAAGGUCCAUUCUAUUUGGGUUGUCAAAUUUCAAUAGCUGAUCUAGUUGUCUAUCAAACAAUUACUUAUUUACUUGACAUUGAUCCAAAAUUACUUACUAAUUACUGUAAAUUACUCAUAGCGCGUUGUUGCUUAGAAAAACAUCCUCGAUUAGCCAGCUAUUUGAAUAGUAAAAAGUUGAAACUGGUUAAAAAACGUAAUACAACAACGUCACCACCAUCACGUCAUGUCCAAUACGAUAAAAAUCACCACCGAUAUCGAUCACAUGAAGAGAAUAACUCGUAUCAUCGUCAUCACGCAAAACAAUCAACACCACUAGUACACAUCGAUCGAGAAUCUAACACAUUCAGUACAUCAAGAAAAGAAAGAUCGACAAGUCCUCAAAUUACAGAACGAAUUCAUACCCCUUCUUCGAAAACCAGACACAAACAUCACUUAUCCUUUUCUGAAGCAUCGAAUGAAAAUUCGAAUUCAUUUUCUCCUACAGAAGAUCAAUCAAGAAAGUCUAGUAUUUCAGCGCUCGAAAGAAGCCCAUCACCGCAAAUACACAUCGAACAAAAAGAGAAACCAACUGCUAUAACAAUAUCGGAACAGUCUUUGCGAUCAUCUUUCUUGCCAGAGCACAAAUCUAGGCAACCUCCCUUGCACAUAACAUUACCAAAUAUUCAAACAGCUGCUUCAAAUACCCCACAACAAUCUAGACCGACCACCAAUUCACUAGAAGAAGAAACUCCAUCACUUCCAGUCUCAACAGAGUAUAAACAAAGACCAGCUACCACUGUAACACUGCAAAAAAUCUCAUCUCCUCGUACCAAACAAGGGUACCAACCCAGAAUAGCCAGCAUAUCAACACCGGAAAGAAGUCCAUCGCCCCAUGUUUCCACUGAGCAUAAAUCAACAUCCGGUAGUCCUACCACGCUAACAACAACUCUAUCACCUUCUUUCCAAUCACUACAAAAAUCCAGGACACCCAGCAUUUCAACAUCAGAGGGAAGUCCGCCGCCUCCUGCUUUAUUACCACGUACACAAAAAUCGAGUCGUAACUCACCGCAAGAGAAACUUUCAUCAGCUCCUACCUCACUAGGAAACAAGCCAAAAACGCCCACCAUUGCAACACCAGAUAAAAAACCAUCGCCUCCUGUUUCAAUACAACAUAGAUCGAAAUCGAGUAGCAUUUCCUCCCAAGAAAGAAGUCCAUCACCUUCUCUACCAGCAGAACACACAUCGAAAUUCGUUAGCAUUGACAACCUUGACAAAGGUCCGCCCACUCCCAUGAAAUCAUUACAAGGAUCUGGGGAACUUAUCAACAUCACACCGGAGCGAAUUACGUCGCCUCCUGCUUUAUUACAACGCAGAAUAAAAUCGAGUCCCAACUCACCACAAGAGAAAGGUCCCUCACCUCCUGUAUCAGUAGGACACAAGUCCAAAACGUCUACCGGCGCAACACCGAAUGGAAAAACAUCACCUCCUGUUUCAAUACAACACCGAUCAAAAUCAAGUAGCAUUUCACCACACGAAAAAAGUCCAUCACCUCCUGGUUCCACUGAACACAAAUCAAUAUCUGGUAGUCUUGGCACAUUAAACGAAGUUUCUUCCACUUUGCAAUCAUUCCAACAAUCUGUAGUACCUGGCUACAUCACGCUGGAAAGAAGUCCGUCCCCUCCAGCUUUAAUACAACGUACAAUCCAAUCGAAUCACAACUCAUCGCAAGAGAAACGUCCAUCAACCCCUGCAUCAGUAGGACACAAGUCGGAAACGUCGAGCAAUUCACUACAAGAGAAAGGUCCAUCACCCGCUGCAUCAGUAGGACACAGGUCGAUAAUGGCAAGCAAUUCACCACAAGACAAAAGGCCAUCAACUCCUGUUUUAACCAAACACACAUCGAAACUCGUUAGUCCUGUAACACUUGACGAAGAAUCAUCGCUGCCUUUGGAAUCACUACAACAAUCUGGGGCACAUGGCUACAUCACCGCGGAGAGAAGUUCGUCACCUCCUGCUAUAUUACAAUCUGCAUCUAAAUCAAAUCGGAACUCACCGGAAGAGAAAAACCCAUCAACUCCUGACUCAGUAGGACACAAGUCCAAAACGUCUAGCAAUACACCACAAGAGACAGGCGCAUCAACUCCUGUUUCAACUGAACACACACCGAAACUCGUUAGCCCUGUAACGCUUGGCGAAGAACCAUCGCUGCCUUUGGAAUCACUACAAGAAUCUGUAGUACCUGGCUACAUCACGCCGGAGAGAAGUCCAUCACCUUCUGCCUUAUUACAAUCUGUGUCCAAAUCAAUUCGGAACUCACCGGAAGAGAAAAGCCCAUCACCCGUUGCGUCAGUAGGACACAAGUCCAAAACGUCUAGCAUUUCACCACAAAACGAAAGUCCGUCAUCUCCUGUUUCAGCUGAACCCAAAUCAAGAUCUGGUAGUCUUGCCACCCUGAACGCAGUUUCUUCCACUUUGCAGUCACUGCAAGAAUCGGGGGGACUUGACAACUUUACGCCGGAGAGAAGUCCGUCACCGGCUAGUUUAUUGCAAUCUGCAUCCAAAUCAAGUCGGAUCUCAUCGGAAGAGAAAAUUUCGUCACCUCCUGACUCAGUAGGACACAAAUCCAAAACGUCUAGAAUCCCAACACCAGUUGGAAAUCCAUCACCUGCUGCUUCAAUACAGCACAGAGCAGAAUCAAGUAGCAUAUCACCACCAGAAGAACGUCUAUCGUCUCCUGUUUCAACAGAACACAAAUCGAGAUCUGCUACUAACGAAUUAUCAGAGAAAACAACGGCCCUUACUCCUACAACGGAGGACAAAGGAAGAUCUAGUAGUUUUGCGACGCUAAGCAAAGUUUUGUCGUGUUUGGAAUCACUACAAAUACCCGGUGCGCUUAGCGACUUCACACCUGAGAGAAGUCCGUCGCCUCCUGGUGCUUCACAGCAUGGGUCCAAAUCGAGUGGCAACGCACGGGACGAGAAAAUGGCCUCAACUCCUGCCUCGGUAGGACACAAGUCCAAAACGUCGAGCACUGGAACACCGGAUAGAAAUCCAUCGUGUUCUGUUUCAACAGAACACAAAUCGAGAUCUGCUACUAACGAAUUGUCAGAGAAAAUACUGUCACCUGCUGCUGAAGUUGAGCACAGAGCAAGAUCUAGUAGUCUUGCGACACUAAACAAAGUUAUAUCAUGUUUGGAAACUCUACAAAAAUCCGGUGUGCUUAGCGACAUCACAGUAGAGAGAAGUCCGUCGCCUCCUGGUUCAGUUCAACAUAGACCCAAAUCAAGUAACAUGUCACCGCAAGAGAUAAGCUCAUCACCUCCUCUAUCAACAGAACAGACAUCGAAAUUGGUUAGCGAUGUCGCACUGGACGAAGUUCCAUCGUCCCCUUUGCAAUCACUACAUAAAUCCAGUGCGGUUAGCAACAUCACACCAGAUAGAAGUCCAUUAUCUCCUCUAUCAGCUGAACACAAGCCAAUAUCGUGUAAUAUUCCUACGACAUUGAAAAUUGAAUCAGAAAAUUUUCCGACAAAACUAGAGUUGAACUCAAGCAAUAUUUUAACGUCUGAAGAUAGUUCAAGUUCACCAUCAUCAGCUACUCAGAAGAAAUCUAUGUCACCAUGUUUUGAAUCAAAAGAUAAGGAGUCGACACGUUCACUAGCAGUGGAACGUAUACCACCACCAUCUGAUCUUAACGAAGAAAAGUCCGAACUUAAUGAUAAUUAA